AUGACUGACUAUCAAAACAAAGUACUUAAUGUGAUCACUGAAGCAAUAAUUCUCCUCCUCACUUUCAUCAACAUCGUAAAUUCCUCACCAACACCCGACGACCCGGCCCGAAUCCUUCUCCACGUCAUGCAAAACCAAAUCCAUGACCCGCUCGGCCAGCUCGCCGACUGGCGAAACUCGACUCGCCCAUGCAACUGGACCGGCAUCUCAUGCGGUCGCAGGGGCAAAAACGUCAUUUCCAUAAACCUUUCCGGUUUCAACUUAUCCGGCCCCUUCCCGGCCGACUUCUGCCGGAUUCCCACCCUUAAAGUGCUCGACUUGUCCAACAACUACUUAACCGGCCGAGUCGACCUUUCCAACUGCUGGACUCUCGUCUCUCUCAAUCUCUCCCUCAAUGUCUUUGUCGAGUCCCUCCCUAAUUUCUCCCCACAUUUUACUAACCUCACGACUUUAGACCUCGCGAUGAACAACUUUUCCGGCGAAAUACCCGUGAGCUUCGCCACCUUGACGCGGCUCCAACAUCUAAACCUCGGUGGCAAUUUUCUCAACGGCACACUCCCCGAUUUCUCCCCACAUUUUACGGACCUCACGACUUUAGACCUCGCGAGCAACAACUUCUUGGGGGAGAUACCCGUAAGCUUCGCCACCUUGACGCGGCUCCAAUUUCUAAACCUCGGUGGCAAUUUUCUCAAUGGGCCGGUCCCGGAGUUCCUUUUCAAUAUGACCGAGUUGACUCACCUCUACAUCUCGUAUAACCCUUUCCACCCGAGCCCUCUGCCUAGGAACAUCGGUCGCCUCACGAAGCUCGUGGAAUUUGAGGCUAUGAACUCCAACCUCGUCGGGGAAAUCCCGGACUCGAUCGGGAACCUCAAAUACAUCUCAAACUUCGACGUGUCAACUAACAAGUUGCACGGCCCCAUACCCGCCAGUAUUGGCGGCAUGACCCGAGUUGAGCAGAUAGAGUUGUAUGAUAACUGGCUCUCGGGAGAAAUUCCCGACGCUUUCUCCAACUUGACGUCACUCAGACGCGUCGACUUCUCGCAGAACAGGCUGACUGGAAAAAUUCCAGUCAGCCUGGCUGCCCUGCCCCUAGGGUCUCUGCAGUUGCGCGACAAUUUGUUAGAAGGAGAGAUUCCGAAGGUCCUUGCCCGGAAUCCGGAGCUCUACGAACUGAAACUGUACAACAACAGCCUCUCGGGAGAGGUUCCCGCCGAAAUGGGCAUGCAUUCCGACUUGGAGGAGUUCGAUGUCUCGACUAACAAGCUGACGGGCCCACUGCCUCCCAACUUGUGCAGCAGGAAGAGACUCGCGCGUCUCAUCCUGUUCACAAAUAUGUUUUCGGGAAAAAUACCUGAUUCGUACGGUGAAUGCGGAAGCUUAAUCCGCGUGCGUAUGCAGGACAAUGAGUUGUCAGGAGUUGUGCCUAAUGGGUUGUGGAGUUUGGGAAAUCUCAAUCACCUUGAGCUGACUAACAACAAACUCGAAGGGCCCAUUCCGCAGUCGGUGUCUGCAAUGAAAUCCCUGCAACAAUUAUCAAUAGCCGAAAAUAGAUUCUCCGGCCAGUUGCCUCAAGGGAUUUGCGGUUUGCGGGGCCUAAUGAGGUUUUAUUCUGGCGGGAACAAGUUUUCAGGGGAGUUGCCUCGUUGCAUUAACCGAUUAGCGAAUCUAACCGAUCUUCACAUGGAGGGCAAUAAUCUUAGCGGUGAAAUCCCGAGAAAUAUGGACGUUAUGGCGGAACUGACGCAGCUGGAUUUGUCGCGAAAUCGACUUUCCGGCCCUGUCCCGUCCGAUCUCGGGAAUUUGCCUCAGUUGACGUACUUGAACCUUUCGAACAAUAUGCUCUCCGGUGAAAUCCCGGAAGAUCUCGCUAAACUCAAGCUUAGCGUGUUUGAUCUCUCAAACAAUCGGCUUCAAGGGAGUAUCCCGACUCUUUUGGAUACCAACACUUUCUUGUCGGGCCUAAUUGGAAACCCCGGUUUGUGCAGCUACUAUAAUACACUCAAUAAAGAUUUCAAUCCAUGCACAAGACCGAAAAAACGAGCUCACAAAAGCUUCUUGCUAACCGGACUUCUCUCGGCAGCCUCAUUGAUACCCGUCGCUUUAGUAGUCUGGCUCGUGAUGAGAACAAAGAAUUGUUUCAAAUUCGACCGAAAGGGUAACCAGACUUGGAAAAUAACCGCUUUUCAGAAGGUCGAUUUGGAUGAAGAGGACGUGUUGGCUUCACUCACAGCCGAGAAUGUAAUCGGGUCCGGAGGCUCCGGCUGUGUUUAUCGAGUCGUGCUCAAGAGCGGCCAAACGGUAGCUGCAAAAAAGCUUUGGGAAGGAAACUUGGAAGAACCGGAACAGGCAUUUCGGGCAGAGAUGGAAACUAUGGGAAAUAUCAGGCAUUUAAACAUAGUGAAGCUGUUGUUUAGCUGCAUUAGCGAAGAUUAUAGGAUAUUGGUGUACGAGUACAUGGAGAACGGGAGUUUGGCCGAUGUUCUUUAUGGUGAGGGCCGUGGGGCUCUGAUCGAUUGGCCAAAGCGGUUUUCCAUUGCGCUCGGGACUGCACAAGGGCUCGCGUAUUUGCACCACGACUGUGUGCCCGCGAUUCUUCAUAGGGAUUUGAAAUCCAAUAACAUAUUGUUGGACGAGGAGUUUAGGCCGAAAGUGGCCGAUUUUGGCUUGGCUAAAGUAUUGAAGCGCGAAGUGAAUGAGAGCGGUCAGACCAUGUCUCAUGUUGCUGGUUCUUAUGGAUAUAUUGCACCAGAGUAUGCCUACACAUUGAAAGUGACGGAGAAGAGCGAUGUGUACAGCUUCGGAAUAGUAUUGCUCGAGUUGCUUACAGGGAAGAGGCCGAACGAUGACUGUUUUGGUGAAAAUAUGAGUAUUGUUAAGUGGGUAAAAGACAUUGCAUUACCAUGUUUAAAACGUGUUCCUACACGAGACCCAAGUGGAAACAGAUCAAACAUUGUGAGUUUGAACAGGAUAUUAGAUUCCCGGAUUCAUCCGGACACGAUUGAGUAUGAAGAAGUGAAGAAAGUUUUGAAUGUGGCUUUCUUAUGCACAACCCAGUUGCCCGAUAGAAGGCCGUCGAUGAGAAGAGUUGUAGAGCUGCUUAAGAAACGUUAGUUAGCUCAGUUGUGCCAGAGUUUGGAUUGGUGACUUUAACUCUUGUAUUCCAA